CGCCGGGGAUGCAGCAGUGGGCGUGGGUUCGCUACGACGGCGAGCCAUUAUGGCACCAGCGGCUGAUCUUGGGGCGUCGGGCGAGAGUACCAGCUGAAGUCGUGUCGCCGCUCGUCGUGCUGAUCUGCACCGUGGACACGGACAUCUACGAGGAGGACUACACGUGCGACGGGAGCGACAUCAUUGCCGUGCGCUACGCUGGCACACGGGCGACCUUCCCGCCCGGGAUCCGAGGUGCGAAUUCACACCGCUUCAGGCGGGACUUGACGAUGCAGGAGCAGCAGCAGAUCGACCAGGCCGCCGUGGACUACUGCAGGGCGGCGCUGGCGGCCGAUCAUCAUCGCCUUGGACUGGGUGCGCCGGCGGGGCCCUUCCUCAUCCCACUGACCUUCGGUCAGGGCGGCCCGGCUGCCCUGGCGGAGGCAGGUGAGGUGGCGGCGGCGGAGGCCCCAGGGGCGCAGGCUGCUGCUCUGGUUCCCGCUGGUGGGCUACCUGGUGGUGCCGUCGGAGGAGCUGCAGGAGCCGGAGCAUGUGCUGCUGGCGGAGCUGCCGUUCCUGCGGCGGCGGGCGUGGCCGCGGCCGCCAUGUGGGUGCUGGUCGAGUCGACGACGGCUGGUGCGCGCGGGACUGCCGUGGCCCCGCCCGCCGGGUCGGUGCUGCGAGGGUCCGUCGGCCUCAUGCCGCUGGCCGACGGCUCAUGGGUGACGAUCCGCUCGAUCUCGGGAUCGGCCCAGGAGUACGCUGGGCGAGAGGCCGCGUCGGAUGCUCGCCUGAUGGGGAUCCUGCCGAACCCUGCCGUUCCAGGCGGGAGGCUGCUGCGGCAGUGGCGCGACGCCGUCGCCAGCUUCACCGAGGAGGCGUUCGUGGACUGGCACGUCCCCGGAGCCCUUGAGGAGCUUCGAGUUCUCAGCGACUACGCCGGCGAGAGUGCCACGGUCGCUCCGUUCAGCUUUGAUAACAUCAACAGCCUCUCGCUCCCGGACGAGGGUUUCACGCCGGUGGCGCUGGACACGCUGGGAGGAGGGGCUGGCCGCAAGAUAGUUGAACGGCUUCAUGAUAUGAUGCUGUCCCAGUCCGAGGGUCGGGCUCGGAUCGAGUCCGACGGUCCUCGGAAGCUCUACAUCGACCCGGCGCUCAGGAACCCCAAGCUGUACAUCCAGCUGUUGCGGAUCCUCGAGCGCCGGAACCUCAUCGACUCCUACGCUGACAAGGCGCGCAGCGUGGGUGUGUUCUUCGUUUAUAAGAAGUCGGGGAAGCUGCGGCUCAUCCUGGACGGCAGGCAUGCGUCCCUGCACUUCCGGGCCCCCGACAAGGUGGCCCUCGCGUCUGGCGCGAGCUUCGCUGGCCUUCACGUGGACAGCGGGAAGCCCAUCGCCGUGGCCGAGGUGGACCUGGCCGACGCCUUCUACACGAUGCUGCUGCCGCCGGAGUUCCGACGGUACUUCGCGCUGCCGAGCUGCCGCGCGGGCCUGCUGGGGCUUGACUGCACCUCGGACGGGCGCCCUCUCAGCGGGACGGACCUGGUCUACCCGUGCUUCCGGUGCCCGCCGAUGGGCUGCUCCUUCAGCCUCUGGAUCUGCCAGACGAUGUUGGAGGCGACCGCGCUGCAGGUGCCCCAGCUGACCGUGGCCAACCGCUUCGUGGACAGGCGUCCUGCGCCGGGCGUCACCAGCGACGUGAUCCACACCGAGUACGUGGACAACGCGCUGAGCCUCUCGACCGACCCGUCGGUGGCGUCCGCUGCCGCUGCUGCGGUCGACUCUCGGCUCCGAGCGGCUGGCCUACCAACCCACGGGGUCGAGUGCAGUUUCGGCGCUGCCGCGCUGGGCUGGCAGUUCGACGAGAAGUUCCCGAUCAUCGGGCUGAACCCGGCGCUGCGGUGGAAGCUACGGCUGGCCUGCCUGGAGCUGUGCCGGAAGGGCUUUGCUUCGGGCAAGACGGUCUCGCGUGUGGUCUCACACUUUACAUCGAGGGCGCUGAUCCGGCGCGAGCUUCUGUCCUGUCUCAACUCGCUGUGCGCUUUUUCUGCCCAGUAUGGGGGCCGAACUGCUCGGCUCUGGCCCUCUUGCCUGCGCGAGCUCCGCUGGUGCGCCAGUCUGGUCGUGUUCUGCUUCCGAGACGCGGGUGCCGCGUUUGACAGCAGGCUCACGACGGUCGACGCAUCGUGGUGGGGCGUGGGGGUCACUCAGAAAACAUCGUCGUCAGCUGUUGCGCUGGAGUUAUCGCGGUACAACGAGAGAUGGAGAUUCAGCAAGACUCAGGAGGGUGGCGUCUCACAUCGGUCCCUCGCCCUAAAGGCUCAGAGCUCUGGAGACCCCUUCGUGCCCGAGUCGGUCGCAACCUUCGAGAACCCAGGGGGCUUCCAGGAGGUGAUCACGGACUUGGAGGAGGAUGAGGAGUUCGUCGUGUCAGGCUCCGCGUUCGAGGUGGAGGAGGUGACCCAGGUGGAGAAUGAGGAGUUCCCGGAGAUCCCAGAGGGCGUCUGGGCGGAGGGGUGGUACCCGGUCGUGUCGCACAGAUGGCAUCCAGAGGGCGCCCACUGGCGGGGGCCGGGACAGCGGUCGUUCCUGGAGCAGAAGGCGGUGGGCAACAGGACGACGCUGGACUACCAGGCCCGAUACCACCGUUUCCUGACCUGGGCCGCGGCUGCGAGGCUCCCAGUGUCCACCAUCCCAGAGCUGGAGGAGACGCUCCUGGAAUACUUCAACGAGUUGUACUUCGAGGGCCACGACUCGCCGGACGGGUCGAAGCUGGCGGCUGCCGUGACCCACUUCCGGCUGGACCUGCUGCCGAAGCUGAUCAACAUGCCGCGCGUGCCGCGGGCGCUGAAGGGCUGGAAGUCCAUGGCGCCCCCCCGGGCUCGCCUUCCCCUGCCCUGGCCGGUGGUGGCGUGGAUGGCGGACUGGAUGGUGACGAACGGGUGGGAGGUGGCGGCGACGGCGUCCGUGCUGGCCUUCAUCCUCUACCUGCGCCCCUCCGAGCUGCUGUCCCUGCGCGUGAUCUCGGUCGUGCGGCCGGUGAAGUGCGGGCCCCGGCACCUGGGCAAGUACUCCAUCCUCCUGUUCCCGGCCGAGCUCGAGGCGAGGUCGAAGACAAAGGAUUACGACAUCAGCCUGCUGCUGGACAACCCAGAGUUCGGGUGGAUGGAUCAGGUGCUGGACCGACUGGUGCUGGGCCGACACCCAGAGCAGCCGCUGUUCGCGCUGAGCAUGAAGUCAUGGACCCGAGCGUUCAGCCUCGCGUCCGCCGCCCUGGACCUGGAGACCCUGGGCCCCCCGCACCCUAUGCAGAAUUUGAGCUCGUGGACCCACACCGCCAAGUCGAAGGUGUACCUGGAGAUCUUCAGUGGCUCCGGGAGCUGGUCGCGUGCCAUGCGACGCGGCCAGGCCUCUCGGCUGGCCCCGCGUGUCUUCGAGCUGGACAUGGAGCACGAGCCCGCCCUGGGCGACCUCUCCAGGCGCAGCGUGCAACGUGUUGUUCGGGGUUGGCUUCGUGGGCAGUUGCUCCAGGGUGUCUGGCUGGGUAUGCCCUGCAGUUCCUGGUCCAUGGCGCGGAAUAGGCCUAACGGCCCCCCCGCCUUGCGUGAUGGGAAACAUCUGCUGGGACUCCCUGGCCUCUCGUCAGGCGACUCGCUCAAGGUGAUGCUGGGGAACAGGCUCGCGUGCUUCUCCUUCAGCUUCUUUCUGGAGUGCGCCCUGCGUGGAGUCCCAGCGGCAAUCGAGAAUCCGGCCACCUCGUGGGUAUGGCAGACCAAGUGGGCGGUACAUGCCGCCAAGCAGACCAACGUGAAGGUGAUCGACUUUGACUUCUGUGCUUUCGGCACGCAAUGGAGAAAACGAGCCAGAGUCAUGUAUGUGCACGUGAACCUAGACGCCCUGAGUAGCUGUAAGUGCAGUGGCCGUGGCUGUUGCUCUUUCUCGCAGGCGCCGCACAAAGCCCUUGUGGGCAAGGCGCCGUCGGGCGCCUUCUGGACAAAGAUUGCUGAACCAUACCCGUCCAGAUUGUCCAGUUUGCUUGCAAAGGCGUACCGUGAGUGUAG